CGGCCGUCUGAGCUCUCCACCCUCCCAACCUAUCCCGCCCUUUCUCCGUCCACGCCCCGUCCGCCAGUAACUACACACCCCAAGUCAAAAGCAAAAGGCUUCUUCCAUCCAAGUAAACCACCAAACAAAUCCACCUCCCCAUGUAAACCAGGCAUCAGACUGCGGGUCCAUUAUCCUCGAACCUCUCCCCGUUGCACAAUAGAUAUAUUAGCGUGGUCUGAGGAAGAGGGAAGCAGGAAGCACAGAGAGAGAGAGAGAGCAGGGAAUCGAAUCCAAGCGCCCAUGUCCAAAUCCCCCGCCGUUAUCUCCUUGUAGCAACCCGGCCUUAAACGGACCCCAGAGCGAUGCGCCUCCUCCAUCUCAGGCUAAUACUCUCUCCCUCUCUGACUGUGUCUGUGUUAUUAUAAUCAUUGAGGUGGCUAUUGUUGUUGUUGGUAUCCUCCUGCGCUUGCUACUGCUGCUCUUGCGAUCGCUGCUGCCUCUUCUCCCGCGAGACCUGCCCCCCCCCCUCCACUGGCAUGCGGAGUGCUGCUUCCCCUUGUUUUUUCUGAUGGCCAGCACCUCCUUCCUCCUUCUCCUCCUCUUCACUCCCCCCAGCUCAGGCCUCCUCUGCUGCAUCCUCCCUUAUUCAUAGUACUUCUCACUCUGCCCUUCCUCCUCCCCUACUAUUCUUCUGUUGUUGCCACCCCAGCGGUUCUAUCAUCGUCGGCAGCAGCAGCAGGGACGAGAUAAGAUGGCGAGGAAGCGGCUGGUGUCCGAGCUCGACCUUCAGCCUGAUUCUUCUUACAACCCUGCUCGCCUGCCUCGCCGCGCUGCAACUGGCGCCUCCUCCACUUCCUCCGGGAAUCCGACGUGCUCAGGGGACUUUUCUGGCCAACCCUCCGUCCUGUUGAAUCCGCCUUCGACGCUGUCCGUCGAUGCCGCCCAACACAGCCCUGCUGCUUCCCUUUUGUUGCCUGCUACUACUACUGCUACUCAUAGUGCUCCUCUCUUUACAUCUUUGCCUCCUCCUGCUCUUCCUUCGCUGACCGUUUGUGGGUUCUCUGGCUUACCUCUUUUUCCGCCCGAGACCCAUCGGAUUGCCUUGCCUGCUUCGAGAGCGGAGGGCCUUCAGCUUGUUGCUUCCUCUGCCGCCGGUGGUGGGGCCUCCGAUGACGCCGCAGCAGGCACGGAUUGGGUGGACGGGAUUAUACGUGAUAUAGUUUGUAGCUCCGCUGCCGGCGGGGAGGUUUCCAUCCCUCAGAUAGUAAACAGCGUCCGCGAGAUCGUGCACCCUUGCAACCCUGGCUUGGCGGCCCUCCUCGAGUUCCGCCUCCGGUCGCUCGUCUCCGACCCUUCACCGACUCAGUGUCUGCCCUCCCUCUCCGGGAGCCUAGCGCCAGAUCCCUCCGACAAGCGGCGAAGGGAUGCUAGCAUGGCCCCGCCGCUGCCGGAGACAGUGCCACCGGCCAACACGGCGUCAUAUUUGUCGUCCGCAGCAGCAGUUGCUGGCGUCGGAUGGGAAGAGCCAGCGAGUCGACUCCAGGGUGCACAACAGAAGCCGCAGCCACCACCGCAAUCUCGACCUCCACGGAGCUCCAACUCCGCCUCCUCUGACGAGGCCACGGCUGCUGCUGCGGCGGAAUCCGCGGCAGCAGCCGCAGCCGCAGCCGCGAAGGAGAAGAGAGAAGAGCUGCAGCUGAGGAAGCAGGAGGCGGAGGGACUACACUUGCUGACGCUCCUGCUCCAGUGUGCGGAGGCGGUGGCCGCCGACAAUCUGGACGAGGCCAGCCUUCUGCUGCUGGAGAUCUCGGAGCUGUCGACCCCCUUCGGCACGUCGGCGCAGCGCGUGGCGGCCUACUUCUCUGAAGCCAUGUCGGCCCGGUUGGUGAGCUCGUGCCUGGGCCUCUACUCGCCGCUCCGGACGGUGCCCCACCGCCAUCGCCUUGCCUCCGCCUUCCAGGUCUUCAACGGCAUUAGCCCCUUCGUCAAGUUCUCCCACUUUACGGCCAACCAGGUCAUCCAGGAGGCGUUCGAGCCGGAGGACCGCGUGCACAUCAUCGACUUCGACAUCAUGCAGGGACUCCAGUGGCCGGGCCUCUUCCACAUCUUGGCCUCUCGCCCUAACGGCCCGCCGCAUGUGCGCCUUACCGGCGUCGGCUCCUCCAUGGAAGCACUCGAGGCCACCGGCAAGCGCCUCUCCGACUUCGCCGACACGCUAGGCCUCCCCUUUGAUUUCGUACCCGUCGUCGAGAAGGUCGGGAAUCUGAACCCCGAGCGCCUCGGCGUCUCUCGCCAAGAGGCCCUCGCCGUGCACUGGCUCCGCCAUUCACUGUACGACGUCACCGGCUCCGACACCAACACUCUCUGGCUUCUCCAGCGGUUGGCCCCCAAGGUUGUGACGAUGGUAGAGCAGGACCUAAGCCAAGCAGGUUCUUUCUUGGCCCGGUUCGUGGAAGCCAUCCACUACUACUCCGCCCUCUUCGACUCCCUCGGCGCCAGCUACGGCGAGGACAGCCAGGAGCGGCACAUCGUCGAGCAGCAGCUCCUCUCCCGCGAGAUACGCAACGUGCUCGCCGUGGGUGGCCCGGCGCGCACCGGCCAGGUCAAGUUCAGCAACUGGCGGGAGAAGCUGAGCCAGUCCGGCUUCCGAGGCGUCUCGCUUGCCGGCAACGCGGCAGCCCAGGCCACCCUCCUCCUCGGCAUGUUCCCGUCCGACGGCUACACUUUGGUCGAAGAGAAUGGCACCCUCAAGCUGGGGUGGAAGGACCUUUGCUUGCUUACAGCUUCAGCUUGGAGGCCAAUGAUUCAGCAUCCUUCAGCUACCUCCACCACCACUCAUCUCGUCGACAAUAGGUACGAGGACAUCCAUAGCUCAUUGUUAGGAAACGAUUUGUAGGGUGGUGGUAUCAUUGGUUACUUGCCCUUCUGGGUUUCAUAGUCUCGAGUGAUUGAAAUCUUUUCUUUCUCUCUCACCUCCUCACUGGUGUAGGUGACACUGAUGUUUUUGUCAGACGAAGCCGAUGGGAGAGGGUAGACUGCAUGUCUUAGAACUGUCAUUGCUGUCAGUGCCUUGAACGAGGUGAGGCGCGAGCUGGUAAUUUCCAACGAGAUGUCCUUUUCGCUCUUACACAGUAUAUCAGCCCCUCUUAGAUUCGGAUAUAGAGAGAGAGAGAGAGAGAGAGAGAGAGAGGAGGCGGUACAAGAAGAGAUGGAAGAUACUGGUAAGGCGGGGUCUGGGCGUGAUAUAUGUGGCAGACAGCUCUUGUAUUCAUGCAGUGCGGAGGCUGUGGCUUGUGGUGUCUGCAGAGAAAUCACUAUUCAUGGGAUUCUUGUGAUAUUUAAUACUCGGAGAAAGCCAUGUAUGAAAUGAUUGGGUUUCAAUAGUUGUUUUGACGGUCUUUAUGAUAUGAUAGGGAUGAUACUGUUGCAAGAAA